AUGUCUAUGGAGGAAAGCAUUAGCUUGGAGGAGACCAACAAGAUCCGUAUAUCUCUUGGUCUCAAGCCUCUGACUGACGACAAGGCUUCAAGCGACGAUAAGGAGAAACAGGCGGAAGACAAUUAUGCAAAACAACGAGAACGCGAGGCUAAGGAUCGCGAAACAAAGAAAAUUCAGGAUAGAAUAGCCAAGGUGAGAAAUCGACGGGAACUCAAUGCUUCCCUCAAAGGCUCGACGCUUGGUGAUGCAGAUGGCGAUACCGACGAUACUCUGAAAUGGAUCAAGAAGAGUAAGAAGAAGGAAAGGGAACUUGCCAAGAAGCGCCAACAAGAAUUAGAGCACUUGGACAAGAUGUAUCAACGAGAGGAGUACACUGAACGUGAUCUUGCUGGCCUCAAAGUUAGCCAUGACCUCGAUGCCAUGGAAGACGGUGAGGACCGUAUACUCACCUUGAAGGAUAGUCGAAUUUUGGACAACGAAGAGGAUGAACUCCAGAAUGUUGAAAUGGCGGAGGCAGAAGCCACUAAGAAGCGUAAUGAUCUAAAGAUCAAGAAGCGCGAAUACACAGGAUACGACGAUGAGGAAUUUAUUGACGGAAAACAGGGGAUGAAACGCUCUAUUCUGUCGAAGUACGACGAAGAACUUGAAGACUCACAGGAAUUGGGUUUUCGUCUAGGAAGCGCGGUGAAGUCAAAGAAGGCAGCGCAAGAAGAAGAAAAAUAUGCGGCCGCAGCAGCAGUGAACAAAUCACUUUUGUCCAUAGACUAUGACAAAAAUAUAGAAGUCGGCGACUAUCUCAAAGAAGGUGAUGUGGGCUUCAAAAAACCGAAAAUGAAGAAGAAACGGCAAUCCAGGCGGAUUCCGGCUGAGACUGAACUAGCUGAUGUUAGCGAGAUGGAUGUCGAUCAGAAGCCUGUAGUUCCCCGACUGCGUGACCUUGACGUGAAUUUUGUCGAUGAUGACGAGCUUCAGGCUGCACUGGCACGCUCAAGGAAGACAAAGCUUCGGAAAGCCACAAAACUGUCUCCCGAAGAGUUGGUGAAGAAGAUUGCUGCUCAACGAACCAAGGAGGAGGAGGAUGACAUGGUUGUCGAUCGAAUGGAAGACCGGGACGAUACAAAUACUGAAGGGGUCUCUGCGGAGGGUCUAACUUUCGAUGAUACGUCAGAGUUCGUACGCUCUGUUGGAAACAAUCCCGUUUUCGUGAAGGAGGAGCCCAAAGAAAGCAUACCUGCUCUCGCAUCUGCAAGCGGCCAACGACGUUCUUUGUCAAGAGAUAUAUCCAUGGCGCCCGGAGAUGAAGUUUUGGAGGAGUUGGAAGCCGGGGAAGUGGCUGUCAAGGAUGAGGACGACGACGAUUAUGAUAUGGAUAUGCUGAACGCUAUUGAAGAUGUCCUGAAGACUACCGAAACUGAGAAUGCAACCCCAGACGACGGCGUCGGUGGCACUUCAUCCGAGCAAACCUUCAAUUCCGGAAUGGCGUCCACUUUGAACAUAUUGCGGCAGCAGGGCAUACUCUCUGCUCCGAGUGCGGAUGCGAGGGAGCGAGAGAGAACACAGCUUCAGCGAGAUCUCUGGCUUGCCGAUCAGCGCCGUCGCGUCGCUCAGCGGGAGAUGGAAAGAUUACAGUCGCGCGGAGGUAACCGGGACCAAGCGCAGCGAGAGUACGAGAACCGUAUUCGGGAACAACAGGAGGCCCGCGAUAACUUGGAGUCGUUCAAAAACUACAAACCCGAUGUCAAUAUCGUGUACUAUGAUGAGUACGGACGAAGUCUCACCCCCAAGGAGGCUUGGAAAGCGCUGUCUCACAAGUUCCAUGGAAAGGGCUCCGGGAAAAUGAAGACAGAGAAACGGCUGAAGAAGAUUGCAGAAGAGCAGAAGAAGGCUGCGAUGGCUAGCGGGGACACUCCUUUGAGCAUGAACAAGGCUUUUUUGCAGCGACAAGAGAAGGCCGGUCAGGCUCACUUUGUCCUCUCAGUGGGUAACAGGGGUGCUGUACCGCAAGCCGCUGAUUUCAUCGAGACACAACCUUUGUCGAAAGGCAAGACUGAGAAGACCAAGAAGAAGAAGGAAAGUAACAAGAAUGCUCAAGCCCAGGCUGCGGAAUCCGGUUUCAUCACCUUACCUGCACCUGCGGUGCAGAAUCUGGCAAAUGGGGGAGCCUCAGGAUCCGGCUUUUCUUCGAUUGGUAGUACGGGUUCUCCUGCUCCCAAACCAGGCUUCUCUAGGAUUGGCUCCGCCGCCGAACCGUCUUCGAGGGAUGGGACUCCGGGAGCCUCCGAACGUUCGAAGGUUACGUUUGGAUUUGGAACGAAGAGGAAGGCAGAUGGUGAAGUUCAGGGCUCGCCGCCUUCAAAGCGUCGGUAAGUUAACCAGAUGUGUCAUUGCUAUGUCCCAGUAUGAUACAUAUCCGUAACGUAAAUGUCUAUAGUAUGCCGUCGGAUAUCGAUCAUAGUGUUGCAAUACUUUUGAGACUCAGGUCUUUGGCAGUUGUGCAACGAUCCUUGUCC